AUACAGACAAUAUGAGACAGUAUAGACAGUGUGGGUAAUAAAUAGGGAUACAGACCAGUAAUGUACAUAAAGUGUGGGUGUUCUGUUACAGUUAUUGUUAAAUAAUAAUUAAAAUCGAAUUGUGUGUUAAUAGUUGUCUCCCCCUAAUGGACGUCUUGAUAAUCAUAUAUUGUAGUGUUACCAUGUGACUAAUCAGAUGACCAACAAGGAAGUUAGCAUUUUCCAUGAUGUGCAGUUUUGAACAUGUGCUAUAGUGAAUCGGCAACAAUCCGUAUUCCUCCAUGGCCUUUGGUAGCUUCGUCUUUUUACCUAUCCUUAUUAAAGCUUGAAAAGAGGCAUAUCGUGUCUGUGAUUUGAUGAGGGUGGAGUUUAGCUUGCUGUCGAAAUAUACAGAGGACGUAUAUAGAGGACAGUACAGUAAAACGACGGCUCUGUCGGGCAGGACAUCACGGUCCAAGCCGAUCCUAUGCAGCAUCAAGCAAGUAAACCUAUUUUCUCCAAACUAUGUCAGAGAAAGGUUCACCAACCUGGAAGACCAGGUCUUGUGCCUCCACGCAACAUUCAAACAAUUCAACAAGUUCUGCUGCAGCGUUAGCUCGUGCAAAGGCAGAAGCUGCAAAGGCACAUCUAUCGUUUGCUGAAAAAGAAAUGAAGAUAAAAAUAGAAAAGGCUCGUCUAGAAGCUUCUAUGGACAUGUUAAAGCAAGAGAAAGAAGCUGCUGCAGCUGUAGCAAAGGCUGAUGCACUUGAAGCUGCUGUUGAACAUUACAGUGAAAGACUAAGCUGUAGACUCUUGCAAGAUCAUACUCCAAUGGAUGCAGAACAACGCACUAAUGAUUAUGUCAAGCAACAAGCAAAAUCUAAUAGCCCAUCUAUUACGAUGCCUGAGGUAGAACCGUUUUCAGACGACCAAACAGGUCACGCCAACCGGCCAUUAUCACCUUACGCAUCAGUGCUUUAUCCAGCAGGCAACACUCCCUCCGCAUGUGCAACUGCUGCUGCUUACGUACAUAAUAAUUCUAAUAUGAAUGACUUUGUGCGUUACCUAGCACGCCGUAAACUUAUCUCAACAGGGCUACUAAAAUUCAAUGAUCAACCGGAAAGCUACAGGGCAUGGCGCAGUUCCUUUAAGAAUGCUAUACGAGAUUUAGACUUGGCAUUCAGUGAAGAAAUUGACCUUCUUGUCAAGUGGCUUGGGAGGGAGUCUGCAGAACAUGCCAAUCGAAUUCGAACUGUGAAUACGAGUAACCCGGAGAGAGGGUUGGAUUUGAUUUGGGCUAGACUGGAGGAAUGUUACGGCUCAACUGAGGUGAUUGAGAAUUCACUAUUCAAACGCCUUGAGAGGUUUCCCAAAAUAACAAACAAAGACUAUGCUAAACUAAGAGACUUAAGUGACUUGCUUAUGGAGUUACAGUCAGCCAAGGAUGAUGAAGAGACCUGCCUGGACUUUCAGUACUCGACACUGCUCGCGGCAUAAACCCUGUGGUUGAAAAACUUCCUUAUGGACUGCAAGAUAGGUGGUUAUCGGUUGGUUCUGACUAUAAACUAAAACACGCUGUUCCAUUUCCUCCAUUUGAAGUGUUUGUGGAUUUCAUUAGUCGACAGGCUAGGAUCAGGAAUGACCCAAGUUUCAAAUUCACUGUACAUGCAGAUGCUCUUCAUGGGCCAACCUCAUGGAAACAGCAUAAACAGAGGGAGAUUUCAGUACAUAAAACUGACGUGUUGCCUGUUGUCACCUCUAAUGCAGACAGACCCUUCAACAAAGGGAAUGAUUGUGAUAAGUUUUGUCCCAUACACAGAAAGACACAUCCUCUUCGCAAGUGCCGUAUCUUUAAGGAAAAGCCUCUUGAAGAACGUAG